UGUGCAAGCGGCAUCCACGCCACGUCACCCACUGCUGGUAAUGGGACUGCAAAGCUCAGUUGAGACUGCAGCUUUCUUUUAGUAACUUAUCAAGAAGGGAUCACUCCAGAAAGGGAGCUCAGCUCAGUCAGCAAUAUCCGAAAGAAGAAGCGAGUAAGAAAAAUAGAAAUUUCUCUGGUUUCAACAGAGGCCAGCGCUAGUAUUCCAAAAGUUUAUUUGGAAACUCAUUGCCAAGUAUUGUUGAAGUUGUCUGAUUUUAUAAGUGCAGUUCCAUCAAGAGCAAGGAGAAAAGAUUAUUUCUUCAACUACAAGAAAAGAACACUAAAUGGAAAAGAGCCAUUGAGCCAACAGGCAAAAGAAGAAGAACAUCCAGCCCCAAGAACUGCUGUAGGCAUCUUCCUUCUCAAGAUCAUUUAACCAUUUUUCUUCAGACCCAUUUCAGGACAUUCUUGGGAUACCAUGAAUAUAUUUCGGAUCCUGGGGGAUGUCUCUCAUCUCUUAGCAAUGAUCAUGUUGCUGAUGAAGAUCUGGAGAUCAAAGUCUUGUGCUGGCAUUUCAGGAAAGAGUCAGAUCCUGUUUGCACUCGUUUUCACAACCCGUUACCUUGACCUCUUCACAAACUUCAUUUCCAUCUACAAUACUGUCAUGAAGGUUGUUUUCAUAAUUUGCGCCUUUUUUACUGUGUACCUGAUCUAUGGGAAAUUCCGGAAAACCUUUGACAGUGAGAAUGAUUCCUUCCGCCUUGAAUUUCUUUUGGUCCCAGUCACGGGUCUUUCAUUUUUAGAGAACUACAAUUUCACUCCUUUAGAGAUCCUCUGGACUUUCUCAAUUUACCUGGAGUCAGUGGCUAUUCUUCCACAACUUUUCAUGAUUAGCAAAACAGGAGAAGCUGAGACGAUCACCACGCACUACCUUUUCUUCUUGGGCCUCUAUCGUGCUCUCUAUCUGGCAAACUGGAUCUGGCGUUACCACACAGAAAGCUUCUAUGAUCAAAUUGCUGUCGUUUCUGGAGUUGUACAAACCAUCUUCUACUGUGAUUUUUUUUAUCUUUACAUCACCAAAGUGUUAAAAGGAAAGAAGCUGAGUCUCCCAAUGCCUAUCUGAAGGUGCACACACAAGCAAAGCAAGCUCUCGAAGACUCAGCUCCCGGACUGCAGGGUGUUUUCUGCUCUUCUGCCAUAUAACUCCACUCAGCAUUCAGAGAACUUACCUGUGCCUCUCUGUACUGUGACUAGCAAAUUUCAGACUGUUUGAGAGCAAAGCGUGGAUGAGUAACACUUUUGGCUUACACCUCUUAACUAUUUAGUGUUGAACAAGACUUAAAUAUUUGCAAAAAAUUUUGUACUUGAGUGUGCUUUUGGUGACUGAAUUCUGCUUAUAACAAGUAAAAUAAUGCAAACUA